GGGCACGAGAAGAGACGCGCGCGAGGAGAAGAAAAGAAGAAGAAGAGAAGAAGAAGAAGAAAAAGAAGGGGAAAAAACCUUCCGCGAGCGCAAUUAAAAAAGAAAAGGCGAGAAGUGAAGUGUUGCUGUGCACGUGGGCAAUGCGCGCGACGAGGAGGGAGCGCAGAGUACAGAGGAGGUGAACGAGGAGGCUUCACGUCCACAGCCUCCUUCUCGAAAGAGUCCGCGCGCGAGAGCCGAACACAACUCCAGCUGCUCAGCCUCCGACGUCAGAGGCACCGGGGAAGCAGCGGAAGAGUCCUGCGCGCGCGGCGGCACCUGGUUCCGGGAGAGAGAGAAAAACGAUGAAUGUCAGCGAAGAGAACCUCAUCAAGUCCAUCAGCAACGACGCGCUCCUCGACCUGACGCAGCGCUACGGACAGUCGGCCUUCGGGUUCGGUCCGGGCCACGUUCCCGGGAGUCCCGGCCGCUUCCCGCUCACGCCGGCCACCGAUUUCCUCUCCGGUCAGAAGAGCGCGCAGUCCAACGCGAGCGGCGGAGAGCACACCAGCGACGACGAGGACGGCUUCGACUCGCUCGGGCCGCGCAAGAGAGGCUGCUCGCCGUUCGGAGACGACAAGUCCGGGGGGGGACCCCUCGGUAAGAAGUCCAAGGAGCAGCGGUCCCUGCGGCUGAGCAUCAACGCGCGCGAGCGGCGGAGGAUGCACGACCUGAACGACGCGCUGGACGGCCUGCGCUCCGUCAUCCCGUACGCGCACAGCCCGUCGGUGAGGAAGCUCUCCAAGAUAGCCACCCUCCUCCUGGCCAAGAACUACAUCCUCAUGCAGGCGCAGGCCCUGGAGGAGAUGAGGCGGCUGGUGGGGUACCUGAACCAGGGACAGAACAUGGCGUCGCCCAUCCCCGCCGCCCUGGCGCCCUUCGGACAGGCGGCGGCCGUGUUCCCGUUCUCGGGCUCCGCGCUCGCCGCCACCUGCGCGGAGAAGUGCACCGGGUACUCCGGGACACCGGCGAGUCUCUUCAAACAAUGCAGCGACAAGCCGUGAUCCGGUUUCUCGCGCGGUUUCUCAAUUCCCCAGAACUUUUUACCCCCCCCCCCCACCCAAAAAAACCCACGUAGAUAUCUCUCUGAAAAAAAAAUGUCAUUCUGUGGAAAAUGAAACAAGUUUAGUCUAAUGCAUAAUCUUCAAAUAUGGUCAUACUGCAGUGUUUGUCAUCCAGAUUUAACAAAACGCUCCUUAUAUUAAAAAAAACAAAAACAAUUUGGGCCUAAUGAUGGAGUCACUUUACAGACUUUAUAACUUUACAGUCCAGAUUAUGAGUUCUAUGCAACAUUAAAAUAGAAAUGCGAUCAUCUCCAUUUACUCAACAUGAAUAACUGACUCUUCCCCCUGGAGCUGUGUGUGUGGCGAACACCUGUGAUAUUGGCUGAUAUAUAUUUUCUGAAACGAUGUGAUGACAAUUUUUGUAUUUAUUCUUCUUAUUUUUAUUUGUAAGUUAUAUUGCACAACUCACAUGAUUGUAUUGUACAACUAUUGUGGAAAAACAAAUUCACUCCAUGAAGCUCGGUUAUAGCUGCAGCCUCAUUCUGGUUGUGUUGUCCAACAUGGAUUUCAUAUAUUGUUUAUAUGUCUUUAUAAUUAAAAAAAACACAUAUCUAUG